CCAAAUUCAGUUUUAAACUUAACCAACCAUGUGUUACUUGACAGAUGCGGUGAGGCAAUUGUGGUGUUAAACGAAGGAUUUCUUCAUAUUAAUCAGGCCGCUCAUCUAGCAAAAGUAAGUGCGACGUAUUUGCGUUUAAUUUCUUUUGUAUCUCUUGUAAUUUUCAAAGAAACUAAUAAAUAAUUACACGAGUAAAUACGUAACAAACAGUUUUGUUUUUUGUUUUUAUGUUUAGGAAUACGAUAAAAUUAAACCAAAAACCAAACUUCAUUUGGAGGAAUCUCAACCUUUUGAAAAGUAAGAACAUUUUUGCUGGUUUUACCGAGCUUAUUAUUGAGCUUGCGUAAAAACAAUGGAACACCCAGUUUUGAUUUACCGGUAUAAUGAGUCGGUCUUAUAUCCUCAACCACUUGCAAUUUUUGCAAUUGUUCAGCUUACGUCGAUCGCAAAAGUUUGCUCCCACAAUAAUUUGCACACGCGCAAUUUGCCCUUUUGGCUGAAUCUUGUGGAGGCGUGUGUGGCCAAGCGGUUAACACCUCAAACUCUGGAUCUGGAGGUCCAGGGUUCAAGCCUCGCCCGUCGCGUUGUUUCUUUAGGCAACAAACUUUAGUCCACUUUGUCUCUCCUCACCCAGGUGUAUAAAUGGGUACCGGCGACAGGGGUAACCCUGCGAUGGACUAGCAUCCCGUUCAGGGGGGAGUGGCAAUACUCCUAGGCUUGCUUCAUGCUACGGAAACAGCAAAUAAGCUCCGGCCAUGUGGGCCUUUACCUUACCUUGUCAAAAUCGCAAAGUAAAUAAAAAAUACGCAGUUUCCAAAAUCGCAAAAUUAAGCACCACGGAUAAUAGUAGCCUUAGGUUAUGUCAGAAUGAUAGAAUUUCAUGCCGAAAUGAAAAAUACGCCGGCCCGGUUUGAACAGGCCAAAAUGGGAACAAGUCAUCCACACAUAUCGAGGAUCGUACCGGGGCGGUGGCCAACAGGGCAAUAAAAUCCCAACUGUCACUCUUGAUUAUUUACUACCGUCUCGGUGACUUGCAGUCCUCGCUCCUAGGUUAAGGUAUGGCGCAGAAACCUAUCCGAAAUGUGACGAUCCACUUUUAAGAUCGAUGCGUGCGCAGCUUUGCUUUUUUACAGAAACGGCGCCGAAAUCAUCGUUAAAAUGUGUGAACAAAACUAGCCCUAUUAGCGUGCGUAGCAUGGCGGUUUUGGUUGGGCGCGCUAAGUAAUAAAGGCGGGCGAGGGCACAGAAACCGCGAGGAGAUUGGGGCGGGAACAACUUAUUUUUCUCGCGGCUUUGCCGCUCGUUAUCGCGCGCUUCGCGCGAAUUUCGCGGCUUCGCCGCUCGUGCGCCCGGCUCUACAAAACCGCCAUGCUACGCAGGCUAUAGCCCUAUCCGAUAAGAGCUAUCCGGCAGAGUGUAGACACAGCCUUAAUGGAUCGACCGAGGCUAUAGCCUGCGAAAACAUCCGUUUCUCCUCGCUCUUCGCCGCUGGGGACGUUUCGCGCGAAACGUCCUCAGCGGCGAAGAGCGAGGAGAAACGGAUGUUUUCGCAGGCUACCGAGGCUAGCCGUGCAUAAACAAAGCUUUUUAAAUGUCCUGAGACAAAAUGAUCGCCGCGUGACAAAGGUCUAUUAUUAGCGAACUUUCCUCUAAAGGUGUUUGAAUAGUGUUUUGCACUGGCUUCUUUGCACGUAUCUUGUUAAACCAUGCGAAACCUCUUUCCCAAGUAAAAGAAGCAAAUCCAAGAACACUCUACCUUCUCACGAAUAUUUUACAUUUGUAGGGGAUUUGUGCGCCACCAAUAAAAAUGUGGUUCUACCGGCAGUAAACUAACUCAGAUAAUUUGGUUGUUGUAGGAUUAAGAAGCUAUUAAAUGAGAAAAAGGCAAAAAGCGAGAGAGAAAACGGCAUGAUUUAUCACGCCAGACUUCCUGAGGUAGGUCAUCAGCUUUUGGAUCUUUUCAUUCGGGUGCUUUUCUUCAUUACUUUCAGGACGUUUCUGGAGCAUAGAGAAGGGAGAGAAAAAGCGGAUUAUUGAAGGUGUUGCUGUAGAGUUGUGAUUUAUAAAGGUGUUCUUUCUUGCCAGGAAUGCCCUCUUCCUUUGGAUCCUAAAUGCGUCAUUCAUGUAACUGCCCUUGAACUGUCCUUUGGGGAGGAUCUCACAAGGUAAGUGGCCGGGCGUGAUUACUGAGCGUGUCCCUUAUAAAAAGUAAUAAGUACCUAUUAUUGAAUGAGGCUGAGUAGGAUAUGAAGAAUUAGUAAAAUCCAACUAGUGGUCUAUUAUCAAUGCUGCGUUCUGAUUGGUUGAGCUAUUACUAGGCUAUAUGUUAUAGCCCACUAGCAGCGAAAAGCGCGGGCUUUUUGGCGGCAGAAAAGGACUUAAGUCUAGCUUUAACUAGCUAAAAUUUUUUCAUUUUCGAUACUUUUGUCCAACUAGCUGGAUUUUACUAAAAUUGACUCAGAGCCCAUUCGGGUUCGAGGAAUAAUUGUUAAUUAGGCAGAUCAUGGAGAUGGAUAACACCCUCCAAGAUCUGCCGAAUUCAAUAAUUGCUUUAUUAUUCAUUCAAAAUAAUUCCAAUUUUAAAAACAAGCUCAAACAUGCUUACCUUCGUCGCUGUUAAGUUCAUAUCGAUAGUGCCUGUUUAUAUAUGGGGAGGUUUAGGAUAUGAAGGGCUGUUCAGGUCUGCAAAUAUACUCGAAAUAGCAGAUAUCGUCCGUUGAAUUGUCUUCUUGCUGUUCUUGCUAUGUUUUUAGACAACAGUUUGCCAUGAAACGAAUAAAAGGUUCUGCCAUUACUCACUUCGAAAACAACUCAAACUCUUACCCAGGUCUUCUUGGUUAACGGUUCAAUAAUCUGAGUUUUUGCUGCACUUUUGACUUCAUCGGUUCAAUAUGGUAAAAUUCUUCCAAAUUUGGUCAACAGUAUUUGGUAUGACGAAUUAUGCGUGUGAUUUUAGCCAAUCAGAAACGACCAUUUAUUUCCCUCUUAGGAUCAUGAUCAUUUACUCUCUUUUUCGUGUUUAACCACUGUAGAACCGUCACAGAAAGCACAGAUGCCGCUAAAUCAGAGGAUAAGGGUGGACCAAGUGAAGGCGACGCAGGUACAAGCUGAUAGACAAAUUCGAGAGUUUGUUCAUUGCAAACUUGAAUAUUGCAGAUGUCUUUUGAUUGUUAUUUACAAAGAAAUUCUCGUGAGUCGUUCGAUUUUAUUUCUUUUUAGAGGCAGCAAAGUAGGUUGUAAAUAACUUGAAAAGAGUGUAAAGCUACGUUAACUCGUGGUCUGCCAUUUUGAUUUUACCAGAGCCAGCGUCUUCUGUGACCAGUAGUAGGAAUUCGCAGCAGGCAAUUUUUAAAGUUUAUGCAACACAAUGACAAAAUACUAAGAAAUUUUCCUUACUCUAUUCUCUUGGGACUGGGAUUAUUAGAACCCAUGGUCAUAGUUUCUUUGUAGAGGUUUUCUGAGGAAUCCAGCUUCAAACACGACGUGGUUUUAACGGUCUGCCUAGGGUAUAGAUAUGUUUCUAAGUAACAGCUCGUCCCUUGUCUUAUAUGACGCGUAACCCGCAUAUGUCAAACACAUAUAAAGUAGAAAACCGGUAGUUGUUUAAUGGGCACGAUAAGUUGUUCGACAAUGUUCACUUGCCUCUAUUUCCAAAUUGUUCGGACUUUACUGUCAUUACGUUUCAUUUUAAUAGUUUUUUUUUGCCAGAAAGUUAGACGGCAACUCUGCUUACAGGGAUCUUGCAAAAAUGUAGAUCCAGUAGUAUGUAGCACAACUCGUCAAUAUUCUCAAUAUUGACGAUGUUCAACAAUUAUUGAAUGAAGCUGAGUAUGAUAUGAAGAAUUACUCUGCAGAUCGCGGCCGAGGGUGUUAUCGGCCUCUGCGAAGCCGAAUUUUAUAUUUCAUUUAAAAUAAUUCUAAGUUCAUAACAACCUCCCUUCCUCUUAGAUUUCAUUGAAAACAUCUGCCUGUUCGCGGCACUUUUUCAGAAUACGAAGAUGUCAGUUUUUUCCUCGCAGAUGCUCGAAAUAUUUUGAGUGAGUAAUAUGAAGUAUAUAUUUGAAGGUUCGCACACAUCUUCAUGCAAACCCGUUCAAAUUGAAAAAGUUCAAAGUCGAUUGACUUUCAUCUAUUGUAGUCGAGAUGGAUGCAGUGGUUGUUGUAUGUGUGCAUGUGUGUAACUUUAAUCGGAGUAAAAAUUUACCAAAUUUUCCUCUGUAAUUCAUUAUAAACUUCAAGUUUGGUGGGUUUUGGGCGGCCAUUGUCUUGCAAUGAGCUUUUGGAUAGGUUGUUUUGACUGAGUAGAAUCGUUAGGCAAUCAGUAUUUGGUUGUGGACAGAUACCGCCGACGAAUCACACGUUGAAGCAUUGUAUAUGUAUUCUGUUUUUAUGUUUCCGUCACUGCUCCGGCUAGUUAGGCCUUUAUCAUACGUAAAUAAGGUAAUUAGAAGUCAUGUCCAGUCCUUUUUUCCACAAGGAUUUUUUUCGUUAAUGGUGUAAAAAAUUGUUCGAAAAUUGAACAUGAACUUGAGGCGAACGGUUACCGUAAGGAGGCCUCUUGGAAUCACCACGUUUUAGUCCAGAUAUUCUGUUUAGCAUAUAACAAAAGUUUCUGGACCCUUUGUUGAACAUGUUUUAGAUAAAAAUUAAUAAAAAAUAACUUACUAAGAGAUAAACCAGCCGGUUGGGAAUUUAUAGGAGCAGGGCUCCGACUUUUUGAAAAGAUCCGGCAAGGACAAUUUUAUCUUAACCGUCAUCGAGAUAACUUAUGAAAUAACUGCCGUCCCUGCCGUAGCAUUCCAGCUUUUCCACCGAAAAAUAUGCGGCAUCGAAAAUAAAAAAAAAUGUUUCCCUGUAGAGAUUUAACCCAACUCGGUCAGUUUUAAAACAAGUUUAAUUUUUUUGUAAAUUAAGACCGUAUUAACUUGGCUAGAAUAAAUGUAUUAAGGUGCUAGCAUGCAACAGGUGCAGUUGUACGCGUUUAUCUUGUUUUCAAAUGUAAAUAGAUGUAUGCGGUUUUUCUUUGUUGCACUGCAUUAAAAUAAAACGAAAUUGUUCUUAUUGUCUCCAUCAGUUAGUUAAUCGUCUCCAAUUUCGGAUCGCUUUUUCAUUAUCAACUUACUAAAGGUUUAGAAGGUCUGCGUUUGGUUUAAAAAGGAAACUUUUUUUCAUGGCAUUGUGAUUUUGGAAGUCGGACUUGCGAAACUAUAAACUCUCGAAACAAGUCUUUGAAAUAGUUACUGAAAAAAGUUGAGUUUUUCCUAAAAAUAUCUCUUCAGUAUUUCCCACACUUAGACUGGGAAGGUCGUGUCUCGAGUAGUCUUUCAUUUAUAUGCUAAUCUUGCCCUGCUACUUACUCUAAAGUGGUAGAGUAAGUAAAUGUUCUUUGUUUAAUCCCUGUAGUCUUGGCUUGGUUUUUAGCGUUACACGAUUAUACCCAUAUUGUCCACUUCAAGUUGAUGCGGGUGUGUCGUAUAAUAGUUUUCUCGCUCUCUGUACAAUUCUUUAUGAUUUAAUCAUUGAAGUACAGUCGACUCCCGGUAACUCGAACCCUCUAUAACUCGAACCUCCCGUUAACUCGAAGUAAUUUUCAUUUCCCUUCAGAUCAUUUUCCAUAUAAUUUUACCCUCGAUAACUCGAACUCCCGAUAACUCGAACUUUUUUCUAUUUCCCUUGAAGGUUCGAAUUAUCGGGAGUCGACUGUACAAGAUCAUAUUUCUCAAUGUUCUUCCCUUAGUACUAUUUUUUGCAAAGGCGUUUUUAUGAUUCUUUUUCGCAAGUUUGCUUAAAAAGUUACAAUGUCUUACUCAAACGUGGCGCGGGAGGAGCUUUCUUCAAUUCUUCGUACCGUCUUUCAGUACUGGUUGUUGAUAAAUUUAUCAUUGUGCCAAAAAAUCUCAAAUUUUUCGUUGUUCUCAACGAACCAACCCGUACAGCAACUGAGGUUACCUUUAUUCAACGUCGGAAAGUUUUAUUCAGUAGUUUUCGAUGAAAUUGUAAGUAUAAAAUUUGAUCUUCCAGAACAAGUCAAAUGAACACUAAUCCUAUCGGAAAAUACAAAUGUAUUGCUCGGUUCGUUCAUUACUUUAAAAGUUAAGACUUCGUUGUUUUUACACCACAAAAUUCAUCACUUUGUCAUUUGUGGUCAGUUAAUUAAACUAGCUGCGCACUUUCUAAGCCAUUUAUUUCACUGCUUGUUGUCGGCGAGAAGUGUUAGGAAGCAUUUAUGUACUUCAAAUUACCUACUUAUAAACACAAUGUGGAGGUCUGUUUAUAAGUUAGAUUUCGUUUAAGUAAAUUACCCUUAGAGAUUCAAGGCGGUGAGCAGACGUUACUGGGCAAUGAACCGUCAAAGGAGCUGACACAGUUGAUCCAAUGCGCACUACAGCAGCCUAUCGACUCAAAAACAAUGAACAAUGUUCUAUAUUUGGGAGGAAUUUCAUCUUUUUGAAAGGUUCGUAGAAUGUCGGCCAGUGGUGCUGUGUAGAGUACAUACAUAUACAGGUUCGACUGUUCAGUAAAGUUUUGCAACCAUUACUUACAACAUUAUAACCUAAAACAUCCUUGAGUAACACUUAGGAGUCAUAAUAAACCAUGAUUCACGAUUCACGAUUCCGAAAUUAAAAGCCUUCUAUUGUGAAUUAAUUUGUAGUUGUUGUUUUAACCGAGGGAUGGGAAAUGUGGUCUCCGGAUGAGUAAAUUGAUGGUCGUCUAUACCGAAUUAAUUUAGCGGUGUUUUAAGUGAGGCAUUGAACAUGUAGCCUAAUUCUAAGCGCUUUUAUCGUGUUUUCGGUUCGAACUAACGCGUUGUUUUUUCUGGAGGCGGGAACUAAAUACACGCGCUUUAAAGGACACAUACGUUGUUGCCUUUUUUUUUUUUUUGGGGGGGGACUGAUACCUGAUAGUUUCCAGGCAAAUUUCACCGAAAUCUUUGGCCGAGAAACUUAACCCUGUAGUUGUUUAAUGUCAUAUUGUUAAGUAUGAAAUCACAUCUCAUAACCCACGUCAAAGAGUGCUGGACCCACGUUAAUGAACCAUCCUAAAAACGUUUCCCAUCACAUGGUUACCAGCAUCGUAUGAAUGCUCUUUCCUUUUUUAUGCUUUAUUAAGAAUGAACCUCGAACGAUCAGGUGGCUGGUUGAAUAAAUUAAAAAAUGUAAUUCUGAAUUGAGGAAAAUUAUUCAUCAAAAGACAAAAGAAGUUUUCUUUCUUAUGAAAGAACAAUCACCAAAGGAAGCUGGGGAAAUGUACUUCACUCCAUUUCAGAGUAGCGUACUGAAUGCUUCCUUUUUCCGUCCGAAUUGUCUAUAGCAAUUAAAGAAGCUUAUAUUGCGGAGAGAAACGAUAAAAACAGCGCUGCGUUUGCUGACUUUACGAAAAUCUUUUCUUCGCUACUAGCGCUUGCUGCCAAUUAACUGAAUGUAGCUUUUCAAAUAGUUCUGGUGGUAUAUUUUUAGGUGAUAAAAGUGUGCUUUUGAAUUAAUUAACGUUUUAUGAAAUUUGCCUGAAGGGUGGUUUUGUUUCUCGUCUCACUAAAAACACAUUUCUGUUGAUAUUUGCCGAUCACUAAUGAAGAAAACCGACUUUUUUCGAUCGAUUUCCAGCAACAUCACAAGAUAAAUGUCAAUAUUCACUUGAACAAACAAGAAAUUUAUACCACCUUCGUCUUAUCUCGCCAUUUAACAUGAAACAAAACACUCUCUUGUCGGUUUUUCGGACAAAUCGUUUUCGCGCUUUUCUAGUGAUGUUGUUAUCGGCCUUAAUAUUUUCUUUAAACGCCAUGUGGCCGGAAAAAGCGUCGAAAAUUGAUUGCAUAUUAUGCAUUGACGUGGCUUUCUGAAUUUAAUGGGCUUCUCCAUCUGUUCUUUGGAGAGUCAAUAAACUAUUGUCUCCAACGCCCAAAUGGCCUUAUAGUGUUUUCCUUGAGUUUCAUUCUCGUGGAAGGAAAUUAAAUCAUACCAUCAUGUUUUUCUUCCCGAAAUCCGCGAAAGAAGAUACUUCCACUUCGGCUUCUUCCACUGGUAAACCACCCCCCCUUCGAAGGCAUGAUACUUUUGGGAGCGUCGAAUUGUUUGAGGCUUGGGCAAAAGACUCGUUUAUUAAUCAAAGCACGGUUGACAUACUCGUGAACACGCAUGAAAUCGAUUGUCUACCCGCGGUUUUGGCCUUAAAAAAAGAAGAUUUUCCGCACUUAAAUUUGCCGGUCGGCCAACGAAGGCUGCUGGAAGAAGCGGUCGAGAAAUUGCGGCAGGAUUAUGAGCUGGUUCAACCGCCGACGCCGAAAGCCAAGAUUAGUCUUGAGAUGCCAAAAUAUAAAUCAAUGCUUGAGAUAGGGGAGCUUGCUGAGGAAGACUUGGGCAAUGGAGGGUCUAUUGGAGAUACUCAACCUGAAGUGCCUCCUAGACCUCGCGCGCAGUCAGGGUAUUCUUCUCAAAGAAAAUCUGGGCAACGCAAGAGCAAAGUUGAAUUAGGAAAAGACGAGAAGGAAUCCAGACCUGAAAAGGAGGCUUUGUUGGUUACAGCGCAAAGUAAAACCACAUCGCAGAUGUCAUCGAAGGCUGGUCAACGGACUAAGAAAGGUUAAAGUAUUUUUAUUUUUUCUACAUUGCGAUGUGUUUAUACAUGUGGAAAGGGGGGAAAUAGCAAUUAAUAUGAAAACAUUUCACGGAAAACGCCGAAGAAAGCUAGGCUCCCUUUCAUCCCAACUGAUAAUAUUUUUAUUUUGCUGUUCAUGUUUUCUUAUACUUGUUAUUAUAUUCUUAGCUCUCAGGCAGGGGAAGGUUACCGCCUCAGCCGCGAUACUUUAUGAACUUUUAAUUCAUUUAUCCGUAUUCGAUUAAACAUACAUUCCACUCGAGUUUUCGAAACCAAUUCAUCUGACUACUCUUCCUCGGAAUUGAAUUCUUGUUUCAUAUUUUUUAAAACCACCUUCCACGGAAUUGAAUUCUUGGUUCAUAUUUUUUAAAACCACAGAGAGGAUUUUAACAUUAUUUAUACUUUGCUCUCUUUUACCUUUAAUUAUUUCUUGGUGGGUAAGCUAUUUCUAUCUGAAAUUCAACUCUGGUAAUAAUGGCAAAGUGUAUAUUCUUAUUUACUAUAAACAUUUUACAGUAAGCAUAAACAGCAGUGUUUUACACUUGCUUAGCCGGUAAGUUUCUUAAAGACUCCAUGGUGUAGUGUCAGUAGGGCAGUGAUCGAAACACACAAUUGGCUUCCGUAUUAAGACAUACAAGAGCUUAUGCUACCCUUUUGUAAGACUGUGAAGAAUUUGUUGAGUGUUCUGUGAAACAAUUACUCUGGAUGACAGACACUUUUCAUGAGCGGUUUCCGGUUUCGGUCAAGUCUUUAUAAUCUUUAUCUGAGUCUACUUCCUAGCCUGCUUUCUGCACAAGCGAACAGUGAUGCUCGAAAAGCCAACUGAAAGCAUUUUUUCUCGUGGCUUCAUCGCUCUUGGCUUCGGCCAUCGGCCGAAGAUGUGUCGGUCGCAGGCCGACCGUCGAAGUAUCCUUACACGAGAGGGAAAAAAUCUCCUGUAGUCAGGGAAAAUCAACAAAUUGUUACUAGGGCAAAAACGUUGCCUUGGCUGGCUAAAUUUGCGUGGUUGAAUCAAGGGUUAGCAAUUACUGGGCUGUAGGAGGGUCAUCAACUUCGCAUAGUUUCUUGUGGUUGCGGUUGGCGAGACGACCAAAUGACGUAAUACGAAAGAUUAAAAAGACGCUGAACAAUAUUCACACCACAACAAAAUUACCUAAUUAUAAAUAUAUAUAUUUUUUCGAUUCUCAAAAUAAAACCAAGGAACUCCCCAAUUUUGCACGCUUCGCUCGUGCUUAGAAAAUAAAACGUUCUUUGGGUUUUAAUAGUAUUAUUCUUUGUAAGCUCCAACAAGUAUCUGAUGUAUUCUCACCACAAAAACGAAAUUCAAUACGGAAUUUUUAGUGGAGUAUUUUAACUGCUUACUGAUAAGGUGACUGCAAAUCUCUCCCAGACUCCGCCUUUUUCUUUUGUUAGAUUUGUUUUGUUGAAAAUUUUAAAGCUGAACUUUUUUUGUGUUAGGAUGUGUUGAUGCGAUGGAACGGUAGUUGCCAUGGUUACAUCUUCUGUCGUCAUGAGUGUUGAAAUGUAUUGUAAACAAUGCGUGGAACCGAAAAAUGCUGGUUUUCCGUACAAUCGUCCUGGCCGCCUAAUUUUAAUUUGGGACGAUUGUUUUCUUUUUAGUGGCUGCUUAAACGCCUUAUAAAAUGUGCUCUUUUUUUCUGCUGGCUUAAAAUCUUAUACACAGUGAUAAGUUUCGUAGUUGUUAUGCGGAGGAGUAGGUUGAACUGAAACGAACAUUUGCAGUUGGUUGUUUUCUCGCCGUGGUUGCUGGAGCUUCCUUUUCACCCAGCUAAAUUCACACGGAAAUUUAUUUCUCGCCAAGUGGUAACCUUAGAAAACAGCCGACAUUUCGCGACUCCACCACUGGUUUCCCGCGAAUAACGUCUGAGGAACGAGCGCAGAAAUUCCAUACUGAUGACGUAUCAUUACUACUCUAAUCCGUGUAGUGCUUCUGAUUGGUCAGGGCUCGAGGGCAAUGAGAAGCACUACCCAAAUCUGUGUGAUGACACGUCAUCAGUAUGGAAUUUCUGCAGUCGCCAUUUCGCGGGGAAACCAGUACGCCGGCGUCGCGAAAUGUCGAUUGUUUUCUCAGGCUUCCCAAGCGGGGAGGUUUUCCUUACUGACUACCAAUUACAUUAUUUUUUCUCUUAUUUCAUACGCUAUAACGCAGGAAACAAAUUUGUGCAUUCACAUAAGGGCAGGCUUGUUUGCGAUUGGCUAAGUCAACCGAUAAUAAUAUUAAUUGACCUCGAAGUUCCACCAGCCUUAUUAGGAACAUCUGGACGCCUUGGCGAGCAGGAACGUUCCCAUUGACAUCUUUGUUAAUUGUGGUCUGCGUUAAAUUAAAGAAUUAGCAAAGGACACGUUUACUUGUCGUAGUGCGUCGAAGAAUUUAAAUUCCCUGAGCGCUUAACGACUGUUUAAAGAGAUUUGCCAUGGACUAUUUAUAUGACAACUGUAAGUUCACAUUAUUCAAUGUUUAUAAAAGUUAUUAUUUGUUCGUGACGUUUUAAUCGUGAGAAGUAUUCGAAGUUCUUUCAGUUCUUGAUAACAUUAAGUCAGACCACACAAAUAAGUGACGAAAUCAUUUUCUCGUAAUAUUUUUGAGUUCAUUUAAGUCAUUCCUCAGUUGUUUGUCAUCUUUUGCUCGCGAAUUUUCCAUGUCUUUAGUUUAUCGUAACUUAAAGUGAGAAACCGCGGUCUAAAAACGAGUCGGUGAUAUAAAGAUAUUUUCGUUGAAAGGUGAAAGAAAGAGUAUUUGCCACGCUAUGAAAGAAAAAACCGCGGAUUCAUCCAAUCAGGAGCCGUUUAGUUAUCCAAUACAUAUCAGUUUUUUCUCUACAGUCUUCUUUGCCGUUAUCGUAGUGGCGUUUUUGCAACUAAAAUGGUAGGUGAAGCUCUGACCCUCUGACCUGUUCAAACAGUGAAUAGUGCUAUCCAACGGAUAAAUCACUAUCCAGUGGAUAAGUGUCAGGAAAAACCAGUGUGUUGGAGAAGAGGUGCUAUCAAUGCAACCUUUUGUAGUUCCUUUGACUUCAAAACCUGACAGCAUCGUUUUUAAUUUCUUUAUUUUUGAUAGAUGAUACGCGUUCGUCGAAAAAGUCGCAAGAACACAGCGAGACGAAAAAUUAUGAUGACGACAGCGAUGAUGACGAGUACACGGCCUGCGCAUGUCAAAGGUGGCUUUUCGUUACCAUAUUUAUGCCCGUGUUCCUGCUUUUAUCAAUUGUAGGAUUCAUUUUGGUGGUUUCACUUAUGCCAUGUAAGUACGAAUCAAUUUUGAAGUCGCACCAUGUAAGGGAAUCCAGAUUCCGGAGUCCGGAAAAUUUGGAAUCCGGAAUACAGUUCAAGGAAUUCGGAAUCCCACUAACGAUUGAAAUCCGGAAUCCAAGUUCCACUGACAAAGAAUCCGUAAUCCAGUACCUGGAAUCCGGAAUCCACGGCGUGGACUUCAGAACCAAGACUGUUUGGAUUCCCCUAUAUGGAACGAUUAAGGCCUGUACCAGUUACUUUUAUCUAUUUCCUGGUCAGAUCAGCAUUAAAGCGGUCGUAACAUGCAGUAAAUUCUCAACCCGUUUCAUAACAACGUCAUGAAAUUAGAUUUUUUCGGAAAAAGUGUUGGUUCCUCAAAUGCUCAUUGCCAACAUUCACACCCUUUUAAAAGCUUCCUGUCCAAAAAGACACCCUGUUAAAGACGACAAAUAGUCACUGAAAUUGUGCACCCUGUUUAAGACUCAAGACCCUAAAAACCACACCCCGCUAAGGGGCACAUACCUGUUUAGGUCAAAUAAGAGAGUGCCCCCUCUCUCCGGGGACUGCACCCAUGGUUUAAUUAGUCUCGGUGUUUUAGUGUAAAUCCUCAUAUUGAUAACCAGGAGCCUAUAACUCCGUGAUAACAUAUUCGUCUUUAAUUGUUGUUGUUUUUUUCCAACUUCUUUCCUCAUCCAGUUCGUUUAUGCUGUCCGAAAGGAGGAGCAUACACCAAUGUAUUAACGUUUUUGUUCGAAGUAUUUUUAAUGGCUCCUUGUCUGGCGUGCAAGUGGGCUUCAGGAAAACGAAGAAGCCAUGGAAAUUCAGCUUCCGGCAAGCCUCGCUAUGGCGGGACAGAUGAGGUAGAAUUGGGAUCUAAAUGAUACCGGAGCGAAGUCAUAGAUAAGGCGAGAGAGGCUAGUAUUCGGCUUAGUACCUUAGCGUUUUCACUUGCCUCAGACCGGAUUUACAAAGCUUCUGAUCCUAAGUGUUGUUUGAUGGCAUUGAUUAAAUAACAAACUGACGGUCCCGAAGGAACCCAGUUGGCUUUGUUUCCUGAGAAUCUUGGCUUUACCUUGUAAAUCACAAGGAAACUUACGGCGUUACAACCAGGGUGACGGCAACGAAAACGUCAAAAAACAACAACUCUGCACGUGCGUCACGCUUUUCUGUCAAUUCAAUUUCCCAACCUUUAAGGGAAUGAACGAGUUGGAAUAAUCGAGGAAAAGAUUGCAAGGACGCGAAGUCAGUUAAUUUCCAUAGACGUUUUCAUUCGCGUCAUCCUGUUUUCAGGUGAUUCGGCCGAGAAACAAAACUAACUAGCCUUGAGAGACGCUUCGUAUGGUGUUUUGUUGCGAUUAUACACAGGAAAAAAUAGCAGAUUCCCAUUUUUGGAUAUUUUAGGGUAUUUAAAGAAUACCCACAAAAAUCCCAAAUUUGGAAGAGUGAGACAAGUCCCAAUCAGGGAACUUGGUUAGGAAUUCCCUGGUUGGGACUUGUCUCACUUUGCCAAAUUUGGGAUUUUUAUGGGUAUUCUUUAAAUACCCUAAAAUAUCCAAAAAUGGAAAUCCGUUAUUUUUUCCUGUGAUAGCCCACUAAGAAAAACUUCUACGCCUACAGAGCGGUCAACAUUCGUUAGCAACAGUGCGCUGUUAUUCUAUGACGUCACAGCCGUUUAGAAAUUUUUAGCGGGCAACAGCUGCAUUGUCAAUGAGAGUGCACAUUGUUUGGGAAAAAGUCCAGCUACCUGACAACACUUAGGAUAUUUUUCUUAUAUCCGUGGUUCCCUGAUUGCGUGACACACACUUCCGCUCCAACCUUCUCAUCGUGGAAGAGAGAAGGCUCAGGUACUAGACUGAAUCAAAUUUUGCAAUAUUAUUAACAGACGUCUGGUUUAAAAAGUUAGUUUGAAU